CGUCAUCGUGUAGGCGACUAAACGUCAGUCUCCACCGGAGUUUAUCGAUCGACUCGAAUGGCGGAUCUUCGGGUGCCCGACGCGGUAAUACACGAAAGUUAGCUUCAUAACUGAUCUAGAUGGCCAGAUUUUCACCUGGGUCGCUUCCGGUGCUUGUUUUGUUUUUUUCUCGGAUAUUUCUGGUCCCAAUCGCACUUGGGUCGGCAGAUGUUGAAGAAUUCAGCGAGGAAUUGCUGUUGAAGCCUUUGUCUGAUCGGAAAGUGUUAGCUCACUUCCAUUUCGAGAGCCAAGCUCCUCCAUCGAAUUCACAUGGCCGCCAUCACCAUCUCUUCCCGAAAGCUAUUUCUCAGCUGGUUCAGAAAUUUCGAGUCAAAGAGAUGGAGCUAUCUUUCACUCAGGGUCGUUGGAACUAUGAACGAUGGGGCGGAUUUGACCCGUUGUCAAGCAUGAAUACAAAGCCUGUCGGGGUCGAGCUGUGGGCUAUGUUUGAUGUUCCUCUGUCUGAGGUUGAUGCUUCCUGGAAGAACUUGACUCAUUCACUUUCAGGGCUUUUCUGUGCUUCGAUCAACUUUCUUGAAUCUUCCACUUCAUACGCAUCCCCGACAUGGGGGUUCAGACCAAACUCCGACAAGCUGAGGUAUGGUUCGCUGCCAUGUGAAGCUGUCUGUACCGAGAAUUUGACCCCUUGGUUGAAGUUGCUUCCUUGUAGAGACAAGGACGGAAUUUCUGCGUUAAUGGAUAGGCCAUCAAUCUACAGAGGGUUCUAUCAUUCUCAGAGAUUGCAUUUGUUCACGGUUGAUUCUGGACAAGAGGGAUUGGAUUCCGGCAUUGUGCUUGAGCAGACACUUACUGUUGUUCUUCGCCCUGAUAGUGGUUCUAGCAAAAAACAAAUACAGCCUAGCUGGACCCUGAGCUCUCUUUUCGGUAGGAAAAUUUUCGGAAGUUGCGUUCUUGCAAAGUCGAGUAACGUGUAUCUUCAGUUGGAGGGUCUUCCAGUUCAUGAACUGAAGAGUGUAGAUCAAGAACUAGAAACAAAUGGGCUCUGGAAGAAUGCAGGUUUCGAAUUGUCUAUUGAGCCAGACAGGGUUCUUCAAGAAACUAACAGCUUUCUAUUUGAGUUUGACAUUGGCGAAUACAAUGACAGUAAGCCAUUUGAUCUUGGCCUUACUUGGAAGCUUCCAUUGAAAUGGUCUUGUGGACAAGCUCCAUUACAUGCUAGUCGGUUCUUGAUGGGAAGCGGGAAUGAAAGGGGUGCAAUAGCAAUCUCAUUGAAAUUGACGGAAACAUAUGAGAAGUUUUCGGGUGGAGAUCUCGGUGAUGGUCCAUGCACACUGCAGGCUAACAUUUUCCAAGUUUUCCCAUGGUAUAUUAAGGUUUACUACCAUACUCUGCAAGUAUUCAUGGACCAACAGCAAAGAACAGUCAGCGAAGUCGUAAAGAAUAUCACUGUUUCACCUUCGACGGAUAAAACGUCGCCUGGAGUGAUGGAGAUGAUGCUGGAACUACCAUGUAGGAUGAAAUCUGCUGCAUUGUCGCUAGAAUUUGAUAAGGGUUUCCUCCACAUUGAUGAAUAUCCUCCUGAUGCUAACCAAGGAUUCGACAUUCCCUCUGCUUUGAUAAGCUUUCCGAACCAUCAUGCACGAUUAGUAUUCCAUGAAGAAACAAGCAACUCGCCUUUGCUAUCAAAAUUGAAGGAAAAAUCGCCAGUCCGAUCUUACACGGAAAUCUUGCUCGUGCCUUUGACAACCCCUGAUUUCAGCAUGCCUUACAACGUAAUCACGAUCACAUGCACGGUGUUUGCAUUGUAUUUUGGAUCACUGCUCAAUGUUCUUCGCAGACGCGUUGGUGAAGAAGAAAGGCUACUCAAAAGCAAAGCAGGCAACAAACAGGGUAAGCUUCUGCAGUUGUUGUCAAGAAUUUCAGCCAAGAUUCGAGGAAGACCAGUCGAAUCAUCAUCAUCUGAAGCUUCUUCAUCUGUAAUGUCUUCUAAUUUUCUCCUCAAAGUCAUGUUAGUCGCCGGAAUUGCUGCGACAUGGCAAUAUUUUUCCACUUACAUGUAGGUUUUGGAGAGGCACUGCCGCUCGUUGUACCAUACAAUACACACGUAAC